AUGGACACCUCUGAGUACAGCAAUUGGAGCAGCAGGCCCACAAAGGGCCCCACAGGGUAUGGGGGACGCUGGGAUUGCUGGGGGAUGAAAUCCCUCUUGGUGGCAUCGGUUACUGUGGUUGCUGCUGUCCUUUGGGGCCUAGUUCUGAGCAUCCUAUUGUCCAAAGCCUCCACCGAGCGCGGGAUGCUGUUAGACCACCAGGACCUCCUAAGGACAAAUGUGACCAAGGACGUGGCAGAAGCCCACAGGGACCGCGAGGACAUCCGCAGUGAGCUGCUCCGGGCGCUGGAGGCCGCCAAGCGUGGGAACAACUCCUGCGAGCCCUGCCCCAAGUCGUGGCUACCCUUCGAGGGCUCCUGCUAUUUUUUCUCGAAGCAGCGGGCCAAGUGGGAGGAGGCUCGCAAGAGUUGCGCUGACGUCGGCGCGCACCUGGUGAUCGUGAAGGACCUGGAGGAACAGACCUUCCUGAGUCGGAACACACGUGGGCUUGGCUACUGGCUGGGUCUGCGGGCCGUGCGACAGCAGGGCAAGGUCCAGGUCUACCAGUGGGUGGACGGCGUCCAGCUCACCUUCAGCCACUGGAACGAGGGUGAGCCCAAUGACGCGCGAGGUGUGGAAAACUGCGUCAUGAUGCUGCGUACUGGGCUGUGGAAUGACGCACCAUGCAACAACGAGAGAGACAACUGGGUCUGCGAGAAGCGGCGCAGAUGCUAA